UUCCAUGAGAAUCAUCCCCAGUAUGACACCCAUCAUGUGAAGCUGCUGGAUGAGUCUGAGGCAUAUGUCCCCAACUUUAUUAGUGGUUCACUCCCCAGAAGAGAUGCAGGCAACCGUGAACAAUAUUGCAUGACCAUGCUCACACUCUUCAAGCCAUGGCGCACAGGACAGGAUCUGAGACCAAGCCAGGAUGUGCUCUGGGAUGAUGUGUUCAAUGGCUAUUCAUUCACAGAGCAGCAGCUGGAGGUG